AUGGCGGCCGUGGACGCGGGCGGGCUGGAGCGGGGCCCACCUGCGGGCAUGGUGCCCGUGCGGCUGCGGACCCCGUCGGGGAGGACGGCCGUGUACUACGCCGCGCCCGGCAGCGCCGCCGCGGCGGGGGCGGUGGCCGCCGGGCCGCAGGCGCAGGCGCUGCCGCUCGAGCAGCAGCUGCAGCAGCAGCUGCAGCAGCCGCAGCAGCCGCAGCAGCAGCAGCCGCAGCAGCAGCAGCAGCAGCAGCAGCCGCAGCAGCAGCAGCAGCUUCAGCUUCAGCAGCAGCGACUGCCGAGGCCGCCGCCGCCGCCUGGGCAGCCCGCGGCACAGGGCAGCGACGAGACUUCCGCCCCCGCUGAAGGUGCUGCUGGCAGUGGAGACGGCACGGGUUCACCCAGCAGUCAGGACAACGGUGCCGAGGCGGCCGCGCCAGAGCAACUCGCGUUUGGCGGCCCCGAUCCCAUCUGCGUUGGGGAGUACGCUUACCAGGACGGCGACCUGGCGCUUGUUGUGCACGUAGACCACACCGUGGAUCCGGCGAGCUACGUCGUGCAGAUGGUGCAGACGGGCCAGGAGGUGAGCACCCAGAGGCAAUGGCUGAUGUCCGUCCACGAGGCGCAGGCCAUGCAGCAGGCGGCCGCCCAGCGGGCGCAGCAAGAGCAGCAGCUGCACCAGCGCCACCAUCAACAGCGGCAGGAGCAGCAGCAGCAGCCGCAGCCGCAGCAGCAGCAGCUCGCGUUCGCCGACAUGGUGCAGAUGCAAAAUGCGAAGCAUCGGCAGCAGCUGCAGCCGGAGCUGGAGCAGCAGCCCGAGGAGCAACUGGAGCAUCAGUCGCAGCAGCAGCCGCAGCAUCAAAUGGAGCAGCAGCUGGAGCAACUGGAGCAGCAGCCGCGACAGCAGUGGCAGCCAGAGCAGCAGUACCAGAUGUUCCAGCAGCAGUUUCAGCAGCAGGCGCUGCUGCAGCAGGAGCUCCUCCAGCAGCAGCACCACCACCAGCAGAUGCUGCAGCUGCAGCAGCAGCCGCAUCAGCAGCCGCAGCUGCUGCAGAGCCCACAGGGCCUGCAGCCGAGCAUGCGGCCGGGCGUGCAGCACCUGGCGGCCCACCCCGCGGACGGCCUCCCGGCGCAGCCGCGCGCGCCCUGGCACACCCCGGCGCCCGCGCCCUCGCUCGCGCCGUGCUCCUCCAUGUGCUACGCGCCGGCCCCGCACGCCCACUUUCCCCACGGCCGCGCGGACCCGCCCCGCCAGGCGCCAGACAGGUGCCGGUGCGGCGCCUCCAAUUUCGAGGAACGCGGCAGCUGCCGCCGCUGCGGGACGCUCCGGGCAGGAGCUCCCGCCAGCUGCCCCCCGCCCGCUCCCACGCCAGGGAACGCCGCCGGCGGGCGCGCCGGGUGGCCGCCACUCCCCGGAGCGGAGCACCGCUCGCGCGAGCAGGCCCCUGGGGAGGGCGCGCGCGACCGCCCGGCGGCGCCGGUGCCCUCCGCGCGGCCGCCCGCUCCCGAGGACGCGGCGGCAGCAGCUGCGGAGCAGGCGGCUGCCCUGGAGGCCUCUGCGGACCAGCUCGACAGCGCUCGCCUCGGGCCGGAGGCCGCGCAGCUGCGCCGGAAGGCCGCCGAGCUGCGCAAGCGCGCGGCCGCUCCGGCGCCGGGGCGGCGCCUGGAUCUCCUGGAGGCUUACGUGCACAGGGCCGCCACCCGGGCCUCCAAGGCGGCGGCGGCUGUCGAGGCCGCGGAGGUCUCUUUGGCCGAGGCCCGCAGCACCGCGGAGGCGCUCCAAGCGGAGCUGGAGGAGGGGCGAGCCAAGCUCGCGCAGCUGCGCGCCGAGCUGCAGGCGGAGCCGGCGGACGAGGCUUGGGAGCGGCAUGCGCGGGCGUUGCUGCAGGCCUUGAACACCCCAGCGGUGCUGGACCCCGUGACGGGCAGGCCCCCGGAGAGCAUUGCAGCCCCGAUGGCUGCGCUCUACACCUUCCUCGGGGACACGGCGGCCCGUGUUCCCGCAGCCCGGCUCGACGAGGCGAUCGAGGAGGAGCCCAAGGAGCACCGCCUAGAUGCCGGCGCCGCGCUGGAGGAGGAGGAGGACGACGACGACGAGAUGAGCGAGGAGGAGCUCAUGGACAAGCUGGACGAGGCUGCCGAGGACAACGGGGCCCUCCUCGAGGUGGCCCGGCGCCUGCAGCGGACCCGGAAGCUCGGCCUCAAGCAGGUCGCCCCCGCCGCGGCGGGCGAGGUGCACGCGCUGCUCGCGGGGAUCGGCCUGGCCAGGUACUCGCAGAGGAUCGCCGCCGCCGGCGUCGCCACGGUGGAGGCGCUGCGCGCCCUGCGAGACGAGGACAUGCGCCAGGCGGGCAUGCUGCCAGGGCACGUGCGCCUGCUCAAGAAGCACCUGGCGGCGAGGGCGGCCGAGGGGCAGCCCGGGGCCUCGGCGGGGGGCGCCCGCGCCAGCGCGCCCCCCCGCCCAGCGAAGCGGCUGCGCGUGCCGAGCGACGGCCGCGAGGCCGCCGCGCUCGUGGAGCCCGAGGCCGCCGCACUGGCGGAGGGCCGGGGCCUCCAGGUGCAGGAGAUCGCCCUGAGGGCGGCGGCGGAGUUCGCCGCACUCAGCUUCGGGGGCGGGCCCGCCGGGGUCGGGGCGGAGCUGGCGGGCGCGGCGCCAGAGGGCGAGACCCGGCACUUGCUGGCGCUGCGCACCGCCCAGGCUGCCGCGGCGUGCGCGGAGCCAGAGCCUCCGGGGCCGGAGGACACGCCGCUGGCGCUGGCAUUGCUGGCCGAGGAUCGUCGGCGCAGCUGGCGGCGACGCUGCUGUCCUUCUGCUCGUGGCCGCGUGCCGACGCGGGGCAGCUGGCCGGGGCGGUGGAGGCCGCCCAGCAGGCCGCCCAGCGCGCCUCGUGGGCCGCCGUGGCCGCCGUGGCCUACCCUGACUCGCCAGACUACGACGGGGAUUGGUCGCAGAGGAUCAGAUGCGCCGCGCCGCGGUUCGGGCCGCCGAGGCGGCGGAGCAGUACGCCCGCGAGUGCGCGUCGGCCACGGCCGCGGCUGGCGCGGAGAAGGUGGCCGCGGUCCGCCGGGUGUUCUGCAAGUUCCACGCCGAGCACCGCUGCGCCAGGGGGCAGGCGUGCGAGUUCACGCACGACCCCGCGGUUCUCCCUCCGCUUCCGCCGAGCCGGAAGACGGAACUCGAGUGCGUGUUCUUCUCAAAAGGCCAGUGCAACAGGGCCGCUGGCUGCCCCUUCGCGCACGGCCCAGAGGAGAUGGCCCAGAUCAGAAGCCUCCGGCAGGCGCGAUGAGGGCGCUGACGUGCUCGUCGCGCGGGCGCAGUGGACGCCGCCUGGCACGCGGGUUCGGCGGCGGUUCCGCGCUUGGCAACGGCAAGGUCUGAGGGCGACUGCAUGUGCUUACCUCCCUCCCCCCUCCUCCUGCCCCUCCGGGGCCUAUGUUCGGUACGGUUUUUUGUUGGGUACGCGUGCAUGUGCCGGGCACUCCCGCCGGGCGGGCCGCUGUUACUCAGUGAGCCUCCAGCGCCCGCCGGUUGGAGCCGCCUUGAACGUUGUUCAUGUUAUACAUGUCGUUGUUCUCUGUUUUGCCCCCUCCCGGCUGCCUUGCCCGUUUCGCCCUCCCGUUCUUCCUCCUGGCGCUGCUUUGCGGCAUCCCCCUGAAUACCUGGGGCGUCCGGACGCUGGUCAGGGGAAUUUCGACCACGUUAGCACGACCGCCUGUCUAGUUGUGUGCGCUGGGCGUUUGUUCGCACGCUUUCCCGUUUCUUCUCCUGCUCCCCCUUCCCUCCUCUCUCCUCCCAGGACACGCAUAUAGGGUGCACGACACGCCGAGCACGUUUCUUACACCCGCUGCGCCUGGUUAUGUAUACGCCCAGGCUCUCUGCGAACGGACAGGAGAGCGGGACCGACAAUCGCUUCACGUGCUACUGCCACUGCAUGGCGGGUUCAUGGGCAAUGACUGGAGUGUUCCGAGUCCCUGAAAAGCGGUACAACAUAAUUGGCGCCGCGUCUGCUAUCCACAUCUUCGUUCUCCCCUCUUUCCCGCUUUCCAUUCUACCCCUCUCUAUCCCUC